GUAUAUUGAGGAUUCUUAAGUGACAAAUGUUUUUCAUUGAAUAUCUUUUAAAUUAAUUUCUUGAAAGAUGACAGAAACCAUUGAAAAUUUAAGAGAUUUUAACUAUUAUCCAUUCUCCUCGAACAUUAAUAGUAAGUACGUAUUGGCAGAAUAUAUAUGGAUUGAUGGAACAGGAGAAAAAUUGAGAUCCAAAACCAAAGUCUAUUUGAAUCCUAUAAAAAACCUUGAUGAUCUGGAAUGGUGGACAUAUGAUGGAUCAUCGACAGAUUAAGCUGUUACUAAAUUUUCAGAGAUAUAUCUAAAACCAGUUUGCAUGGUCAAAGAUCCUUUUAGAGGGGAUCCUCAUCUAUUGGUCCUUUGUGAAACGUAUUUGCCUGAUAAAAAAACACCCGCAAGGUAUAAUUUUAGAUGGCUAUCGAAUUUAAUUAUGGAGAAGGCAAAAGAACACAAGCCUUGGUUUGGCAUUGAGUAGGAGUAUUUCCUUUUCAAACGUACAGGCACAACACACUUGUGGCCAUUGGGUUGGCCAAAUGGAGGAUUCCCAUAUCCUCAGGGGAGAUACUAUUGUUCGAUUGGGGAGAGAAACAAUUUUGGGAGAGCCCUUGCUGAGGCUCACUUGAGAGCGUGUUUGAAUGCUGGACUGAAGAUAGCAGGGUUGAAUGCAGAAGUGGCUCCUUCUUAAUGGGAAUUUCAGAUAGGAAUUGCAGAGGGAAUAGAGAUUGGAGAUCACAUGUGGUUGGCAAGAUAUAUAUUGGAAAGGAUCGGAGAGGAAUUUGGCAUAGAUAUCAAUUACGAUCCGAAGCCAAUUUAGGGUGAUUGGAAUGGUAGUGGAGCACAUUGCAAUUAUUCGACUGAAACUACUCGAAGUGAAGGGGGUUACAAAUAUAUCGUUGAGAAAUUAAUGCCAAUCCUUGAGAAAUAACACAAAGAUAUGAUCCGAUUGUAUGGAAUCAACAACCAAUUGAGAUUGACAGGGAAACAUGAGACAGGGAGAUAUGAUUCCUUUUCUUGGGGCGAUGGUGCUAGAGGGUGUUCGAUUAGAGUGCCUAUAAUAACGAAAGAAUUAGGAUAAGGAUAUUUUGAGGACAGGAGACCAGCAGCCAAUAUAGAUCCAUAUUUAGUGUCUGCAGCGUUGGUUGACGUUACAUGUUUAAAUAGUGAGCAUUUGCCAUAAUUGUUGUAGGUGUUUGAAACAUCUUAAAAGGCUCUUCAAGCAUGACAUCAAUGUAUAUUUAAAAACUCAUCAUUAGAAGAAUUCUAAA